AGGGAUAUAAAAGCUACCGGUUCUGAGAGGACAGGCCAACAGUUCCUUCUGCCAUCCCGUUGUAGAAAGUACGCAUUCUCACCGUUCCUUUCUGUGAACCUUAAAAUUCGACCGGUCAACAUGAAACUGUUUAUCGCUUUGUUUGCAUUAGUUGCAGUGGCCGCUGCUGAUGAUUUCGUCGUUCAAACCGGCGAGGAUUUGCUACGCUAUCGAGGCGAGUGCGUUUCUUCGUUGAGCGUUCCGGAUGAUCAUGUCACCAAGUUCAAAAAGUGGGAGUUCCCCGAAGACGAUACGACCAAGUGCUACAUUAAGUGCAUUUUCACCAAGAUGCAAUUGUUUGACGAAACCGACGGACCGAUCGUCGAGAACCUGGUGAAACAACUCGCCCAUGGUCGAGAUGAGGCCGAAAUCCGGGCGGAGAUUUUGAAGUGCGUCGACAAGAACACCGAUAACAACGCCUGCAGCUGGGCCUUCCGGGGUUUCCAGUGUUUCCAGAAGAACAAUCUGUCGUUGAUCAAGGCCAGCAUCAAGAAGGACUAAAUUGGAAGGCGGAAACGACAAACGGAAAAUUUGGCGAUGGGCUGUUGAAAAGCGGUGUUGUGAUUGAAAUUUGAUUGAGCUUAGUGCUGCGAGUGGAAAACAAGUGGGUUCGAAAUAAAGUGAUCAUUAUAUUGAGCAGAA